UCCACAACCAAACCGCUCCCUGGUUGGUCUCAAGGUGGGGUUUACCCGCACAUCCAAGAUGCUGGCCUCGAUAUAUACACAGUCUGUUCCGUAAUUCCGACCGCGCUUGAUUUCCAUUUACUUUACAAUGACUGGCCAAAUUAUCCUAUUCCACAUGCGAAGGCUGAGUCGUGUAUGGCCUCAAAACUUCUCGAUCACAACUGUCCCUACAGGAUUACACCCACUAUUGACCGCGAAAUCACAGAAAUAUUCUAGCCCAACAUCUGUCUCUCAACUAUGACAACAUCGACCACCACCCCCCGCACUAUCGCUGUACUGGGCGCAACGGGCAAUCAAGGGAGCGGAGUUGUCCGUGCCUUAUUGCAGAAGAGCCCGCAUCACCCAGCCUCGUUCACCGUUCGUGCUGUGACACGUGAUCCCAGCUCCCCCCAAGCAGAACGACUUCGCGCCGUCUAUCCAGAAGAAGAAGUCUCUGGCCGACUACAGCUCGUGCCUGGCGACGUCUAUGACGUCACAAGCCUAGAGCGCGCCUUCGACGGGGUCUGGGGCGUGUUUGCAGUCACUAAUAAUCGUCUCCCCGGGCAAAUGAUUGAAACCGAAGAGGACCUUGAGCAUGAGCUGGUAGCGGGAAGGAAUAUCGUGGCCGCUGCCAAAAUAUCUGGGGUGCAUCAUUUUGUUAUCAGCAGUCUACCCAAUCUGGCGGACGCGAGCAAGGGGCAAUUUCAAAAGGUAUUCCAUUUCGACCAUAAAUCUCAAAUUGAACAACUCGCAAAGAGCGAGUUGACCGCCGUGACGGCUUUGCGGCCAGGGCUGUUUUACACGAAUGUACAAUGGGUGCAAUACUGCCGGCGAAACGAAAACGGGAUCGUCCGUUUUUGUCCGCCGGUUCCCGGGAACAAAACCGCAGAUUGGACCGAUCCAAGCUAUGAUAUCGGCAUAUAUGCAGCUGAAGUGUUCUCUCUUGGACCUGAAAAAACGGCCUCUAAAGUAUAUCCAGUGGUCAGCUCUAAGAUGCGCUUUGCUGAUCUUCCGGCCAUUUUUUCGACCGUGCGAUAUCAACCGGCAAUUUUCGAUCCUAUCAGUCUAGAUGAUUGGGGUGCCACAGUCGCAAGGACGGUUGGGAAGGGGUAUGAAGAGGACAUCAGGCAGAUGAUGGAAUGGAUUGCUGUUGCGCCAGAUGAGAAAAUUUGCUAUGGGACCAUGACCCCCCAGGAAGAUUGCUCCGGGGCGGAUCUUGGAGUGCGGGCUAGUACAUUCGAGGAGUGGUUGAGGAGGUCAGGAUGGCAAGGACCAUGAAGUUCUGUCCUUCAACUGGAUCUUUGGGGCAAUGAAGGUCAUGAUCAGCCGAUAUUUAGUUGUGGAUUCGCUCUGUAGUACAGAUGACUAUGCUUCCUUGAGUCCGGACUUGUCCACUCUAGGAGUGUUUUAGCAAACCGGAGUAAUUAUAGCUCCCGAGCGAGCAAUAUAUUUACAGACAACGGACCAC